AUGGCAACCCUGGGGCAGCGACCGAGUUCUCGAGGCGCCUCGACGCUAGCUCUUCGCCUGUGCUACGCUCACCGGGCCCGGGGCAAGGCCGCAGUAGGCUGCGCAUUCAGAACCCGCGCUCUCUUAACCCGAGGCGCAGGCAACAGGGCAGGGAGCACGGACGCCGCUGGGGCGGCCGUCAGGUUUGGGGAGGGAGAGCCCGUCCACGCGUGCACGCAGGCGCUGGUGGAGGAGCUGACGGGGCUGGGGCUGCCGCCGGACUACAACCCGCUGAGCGUGCCCGAGGACGUGCUGCUGGCGGCCAAGACGAAGGCGGCGCAGCGGGACGACUACCCUCGCGAGCCCGCCGAGGGGGAGGUGACGCAGGUGAUGCAGGUGUGCUCGGGCUGCGCGCGCGAGCCCUUCAAGAAGGUCGAGCUCAUCUCGUGGCCCUCCACGCCCAAGAAGCUCUACUCGGGCGCGCUCUACACGCCCGCCACGCCGCAGUGCCGCAAGUUCUAA